UACUCCGCUUUUUGCCGGUAUAAGACCACCAGAUUCUCCAUCUCAACGUAUAUAUGUAAGCCCGGGCGUCUCGAUUAGCACUGCCAUAUUCCGCUCUCCCAGCACACUGCACCAACCACCACGUGUAUAUAUUCGGCGGGUUUUACAUACACAAAUAUUUCCUAACAUAUUAAGCACUGCACACACAGUGCCUGUAUCCAGCCGCGUAUAUAAUAUGAUUUAUUGUCCGUGUGCCGGUCACAUCCGAUUAUGUGUGUAUUUGUUGGCUGCUACGGCCGUUGCAGUGCCACCGUCUGCGUUUGUUUACCGUGUCUAAGCAGGCAUCCUGCUGCGGUGGAAGGCAGUCCCCACUUCCUGCCAAGACGAUCCCCUUGUAUCCUGUAUAUAAAGUGUACACAUACACUCACACACAUACACAGACCAUCCUAUGUAAAGCGCAUCAUUGCGUAAUAAACUAAUAAUGUCCAAUUCUCCACGGAUCGGACCGGCGUUGUGGGAAUGCCGGCGUUGUUCGUAGCGGCGGGCGCAUUGCUACCGGGUGUAUAUGCGGAGAAUUUUUCUUCCUCCUGCAUUAUUAUCAUUUGGUGUGCAGUGGUUGGUGGGGGUUAAUAGGAGCGUUCUGGUGUGCAGCGCGUCGGGAUAUGCAGCACGGUGUAUACAUUGCCAAUUAUCAUAUUGUCGCUACAUUUAGAGCCAUGUAAGACAGCGGGUCGGUAUAUAUUAUUCGGUGCAGCGGGCCCUUGGCGAACGUGGACGAGAUGCGAGAUUUGAUUUUAUUGAUUUUUCUCUACCGGGUAUAAAUUGGCUACGGCUGGACCGGGUAUUAACGGUUAACGGAGGCCAUUCGCAUAUAUUGACGAAGAUAUUAUUCUCCUGGCUGAUUAUGGGCAACGGACAAUCGGGAAGUAAAGAGCAUGAUUACGAUGCCGAUGCACCUGUUUGUUUUGACCAUUUUCAAAUAUUGCGAGCCAUUGGACGGGGGAGUUUCGGCAAGGUGUGCAUUGUACAAAAGAAGGACAGUAAAGUCAUGUACGCUAUGAAGUACAUGAAUAAGCGACGCACUCUGGAGAAGGCAUCCAUCCGGAAUGUGCUGCGGGAAAUUGAUAUUCUGAUCAAUCUGGAUCAUCCUUUCCUCGUGAACUUAUGGUAUACGUUCCAGGACGAAGAAGACAUGUUCAUGGUUGUUGACCUUUUACUGGGUGGCGAUUUACGCUAUCAUUUGGAUAAACUGGGAAAGCUCCCGGCCAAUGCUGUGAAGUUGUAUGUGUGUGAAAUUGGAUUGGCACUGGAUUACCUGCAGAAAAAAGGAAUUAUCCACAGGGAUAUCAAGCCCGAAAACGUCCUACUGGAUGAAGAGGGCCACGUCCACAUAACGGAUUUCAAUAUUGCUGCUGUGAUGGGACCCGAUGUGCGCUACGCUGCUGCCAUUUCCGGCACUAAGCCGUAUAUGGCGCCGGAAGUGUACGACUGCAUUAUGGAUGACUUUCCCGGGUAUUCUUAUCCGGUCGAUUGGUGGUCGCUGGGAAUAACCGCUUAUGAGUUACUGCGUGGAAAACGACCUUUCGAGAUACAUUCGAACACGUCGUUAGCGGACAUCCGUCAGAUCCACCAGUCCAUUCCAAUCCAGUAUCCCGCAGUUUGGGACAAAACACUCAUUGAGAUGCUCAGUUGCUUGCUUACGCUGAACCCCCAGGAACGCACAUCCAACAUCGAGUCCCUUGCCGCUCAAGUAUACCUUUCGGAUAUCAAUAUGGAAGCCGUGUAUAAACGCCAGAUUAAGCCUGAAUUCAUUCCGCCCAAAGACCAUUUGAACUGUGAUCCAACGUUUGAGCUGGAGGAGAUGAUUAUUGAAUCCAAUCCACUGCACAAGAAGAAGAAGCGAUUAGCCAAGCAAAUGUCACGUAAAGAUCUACUGGAGCCGGCACCGGACGAAGCUGUUGUGCAGGCACAGCUGCAGGAUGUUGCUCAGCAGUUUAAAGUUUUUGAUCGCGUUAUAGCACGACGCGAGCAGUUGCGAAGGGAGCAGGAGCAGUUCAUCCGGGAAAUCUCCAUGGAGCCGGAACCGUCACGCCGUUCCGCCAAGAAAACGUCCUCAGAUACCGGUAGUACAACGGAUAGAUAACCCAUGCUUCAAACACGCGCUUAUGUAUAAUACUACACCCGCUUUGUAAUGGAUGCUUUGAUGUUUUAUAAAAGUAUCAAAAGAAUGAUUUACUUUCAGUAUGCUAUGUUGUGCAAUAGCCUCGCUUGUCGGGCAUGCUGAAGAACGAUCCGGUAACAGUUCGUUUUUUAUUAAUACUGUACAUAGUGAAUGUGAAUUAAAGUGAUGCUUUACCCUUAUUAACCCU